AUGGUUUCCUUUUCAUGUGAAGUUUGCAAUGACACUGUCAUCAAGAAAAAACUGGACCAGCACCAGAGGCAGUGCUACGGUGCUUACUUCACCUGCAUCGACUGUUCCACAACUUUCCAGGGCACCGAGUACAGGAACCACACCAGUUGUAUCAGUGAGGCUGAGAAGUAUGAGAAGGCUCUUUACAAGGGGAAAAAGCAGGCGAAACCCCAGCCAAAACAACCCCAGGAGAUAAAGCAACAGGAAGUUAGGAAGGAAGCCAAGAAGGAAGUCAAGAAGGAAGUGAAGGAGAAGGCCUCCAAGGUUGUCGCCGAAAAGAAGAGCAAAAAGAGCGAUUUGGCCCAGUUCCUUGGCCAGGACUCAUCUUCUCUGUACAAAGUUGUCAAGGCUGCCGCCAAAAGUCAGAAAUUAUCAACUAAGGAUGUCUUGAAGAGCCUGAAGGUGGUCCAGAAUGAGGACGGCUCGAUUGCGGUUGCAUUCAAAUAG